CUUAACAUACUUAUCAUCCGUGGAGAAUAGGAUCAAUAGACUUAUUUAUUGGUAGAGAAUAACCUCGGCCUGAUUCCGUGAUCUGUGGCCUCCAGAAUCGAAAGAAAUGGCAUUUCGGAUAACUCGCCCGAAAUCUGUGAUGGUACCCCUUUGGAAUCUGCCAAAAAUUGACCCGAAAUAAAUCCGGCCAAAUCGGUGGUUAAUGGACUCAAUCAUCGUUGAAGAAUAGCCUCAAGCCGAAUCCGUCAUAUGUAGCCUUCAAUAUCCAAAGAAAAUGGCCUUUCUUCGCCCAAGAAAUUACAAAAAUGCCAUCUGAAAAUAAAUUGGCCCAAAUCGAUGCUUAAACGGACUUAUCAUCCGUGGAGAAUAGGAUCAGUAGACUUCAUUAUCGGUGGAGAAUAGCCUCUGCUUGAUUCCGUGAUCUGUAGCCUACAGAAUCGAAAGAAAAUGGCAUUUCGGAUAAAUCGCCCGAAAUCUGUAGUGGUACCACUUUGGAAUCUGCCAAAAAUUGACCCCGAUUAAAUCCGCCCAAAUCGGUAUUUAAUGGACUGAAUCAUCGUUGGAGAAUAGCCUCAGACCGAAUCCGUGAUCUGUAGCCUUCAAUAUCCAAAGAAAAUGGCCUUUCGUCGCCCAAGAAAUUAUGAAAAUGCCAUUCGAAAAUAAAUUGGGCCAAAUCGAUGCUUAAUGGACUUAUCAUCCGUGGAGAAUAAGAUCAAUAGACUUCAUUAUCGGUGGAGAAUAGCCUCGGCCUGAUUCCGUGAUCUGUAGCCUCCAGAAUCGAAAGGGAAUGGCAUUUCAGAUAAAUUGCCCAAAAUCUGUGAUGGUACCCCUUUGGAAUCUGCCAAAAAUUGACCCGGAAUAAAUCCGCCCAAAUCGGUGCUUAAUGGACUCAAUCAUCGUUGGAGAAUAACCUCAGGCCGAAUCCGUGAUCUGUAGCCUUCAAUAUCCCAAAAAAUGGCCUUUCGUCGCCCAAGAAAUUAAGAAAAUGUCAUCCGAAAAUAAAUUGGCCCAAAUCGAUGCUUAAAGGACUUAUCAUCCGUGGAGAAUAGGAUGAAUAGACUUCAUUAUCGAUGGAGAAUAGGCUUUGCCUGAUUUCGUGAUAUGUAGCCUCCCGAAUCGAAAGAAAAUGGCAUUUCGGAUAAAUCGCCCGAAAUCUGUGAUAGGGCUGGCAGACGGUUUUCCGGUUAGCAGUUAACCGGACGGUUUCAACCGAACCGACCGGUUUUCGGCGAACCGAAAAACCGAACCUGCAGAGCACGGUCGGUUGACGGUAGAGCAAAUCAGGGGGCCGGUUAGCCGACUAACCGGGGUUGGAAACCGGCGGUUAACCGGCUAACCGACCCCCUGCCCUUUCCUUAAACGACGCCGCAUCCAAAGCCAUCUUCCCCCCCCCCCCCCCCCCCCCAGAGACCUGACCCUCUUCUCUUCCAACAAAUCCCAAAUCCCAAAUCAACCAAACCCUAUCCCAAAUCCAUUCCCCAUUUCCCCUUCCCCUAGAGACCCUCUUCUCUUCCGACAACCCCGACGGCAGGACCCGACCCUCUUCUCUUCCAACAGACCCGAACAAGAAGCUCCCUCACCAUUUUCCGCCUUCCCCUUCACCGCCCCUAUUCCCAUAAAACCCAUUUUGCUCCCUCCUCCGCCUGAACAAGCUUCUCUCUGCUUCAACCAGCUUUCCCAUUCAUUCCCAUUACCCCAAAUAAAACCCAAAAAAAUGCAUGCCAAAACCGACUACGAGGUUACCAGCCUUGCGCCGUCGUCGCCGACCAGAUCUCCCCGCCGCCCGGCCUACUUUGUCCAGAGUCCCUCCCGCGACUCCCACGACGGCGAGAAGACCACGACUUCGUGUCACUCCACCCCGGUCCUCAGCCCCGUCGCCCCGCCGCCAACACCAGCAGAAUCGAGAGAGAGAAUCGAGGGAGGAGGCGAGAAUAGGGAGAGAGAUAGUCUGGGUAGAAGAAUCGAGGGAGUUGGUUGUUCGAUUUUCCUUCCAGAGGAAGAAGAGAAUCGAGAGAGAGAGUAGGGAGAAAACGGAGGGGAAGAAGAAUCGAGAAAACGGAGGGGAAGAAGAAUCGAGAAAACUGAGGGGAAGAAGAAUCGAGAAACGGAGGGGUUAGGUUAGGAGUGUGUGGUGCAGAUUUUUUGUUGCUUUUAAAUUUUUUUUUUAAAGGUAGUUUCCGGUUGGCCGGCAAACCGAGUCAAAACCGGUCGGUCGGUUUGCGGCUAGCCGAGGCUCACGGUCGGUUGGCGGUAGCUCUGGUCGAGGUCUCGAUUUGACCGAUAACAGACAAUUCGGUUUUUGGUUAAACCGAAACCGACCGAGUGACAGCCCAAAUCUGUGAUGUACCACUUUGGAAUCUGCCCAAAAUUGACCCGGAAUAAAUCCUCCCAAAAUCGGUACUUAAUGGACUGAAUUAUCGUUGGAGAAUAACCUCAAGCCAAAUCCGUGAUCUGUAGCCUUCAAUAUCCAAAGAAAAUGGCCUUUCGUCGCCCAAGAAAUUAGGAAAAUGCCAUUCGAAAAUAAAUUGGCCCAAAUCGAUGCUUAACGGACUUAUCAUCCGUGGAGAAUAGGAUCAAUAGACUUCAUUAUCGGUGGAGAAUAGCCUCGGCCUGAUUCCGUGAUCUGUAGCUUCCAGAAUCGAAAGAAAAUGGAAUUUCGGAUAAAUCGCCUGAAAUCUGUGAUGGUACCUCCUUGGAAUUUGCCAAAAAUUGAUACGCAAAAAAUCCGCCCAAAUCGGGGCUUAAUGGACUCAAUCAUUGCUGGAGAAUAGCCUCAGGCCGAAUCCGUGAUCUGUAGCCUUCAAUAUCCUAAGAAAAUGGCCUUUCGUCGCCCAAUAAAUUACGAAAAUGCCAUCCGAAAAUAAAUUGGCCCAAAUCGAUGCUUAACGGACUUAUCAUCCGUGGAGAAUAGGAUCAAUAGACUUCAUUAUCAGUGGAGAAUAACCUCGGCCUGAUUCCGUGAUCUGUAGCCUCCAGAAUCGAAAGAAAAUGACAUUUCGGAUAAAUCACCCGAAAUCUGUGAUGGUACCCCUUUGGAAUCUGCAAAAAAUUGACCAGGAAUAAAUCCGCCCAAAUCGGUGCUUAAUGGACUAAAUCAUGGUUGGAGAAUAGCCUCAAGCCGAAUCCGUGAUCUGUAGCCUUCAAUAUCCAAAGAAAAUGGUUUUUCGUCGUCCAAGAAAUUACGAAAAUUCCAUCCGAAAGUAAAUUGGCCCAAAACGAUGCUUAACAAACUUUUUAUCCGUGGAGAAUAGGAUAAAUAGACUUCUUUAUUGGUCGAGAAUAGGCUCGGCCUGAUUCCGUGAUCUGUAGCCUCCAGAAUAGAAAGAAAAUGGCAUUUCAGAUUCACCGCCCGAAAUCUGUGAUAGUACCCCUUUGGAAUCUGCACAAAAUUGACCCGGAAUAAAUCCGCCCAAAUCGGUGCUUAAUGGACUCAAUCAUCAUUGGAGAAUAGCCUCGGCCUGAUUCCGUGAUCUGUAGCCUCCAGAAUAGAAACAAAAUGGCAUUUCAGAUACAUCGCCCGAAAUCUGUGAUGGUACCCCUUUGGAAUCAGCCCAAAAUUGACCCGGAAUAAAUCCGCCCAAAUCGGUGCUUAAUGGACUCAAUCAUCGUUGGAGAAUAGCCUCAGGCCGAAUCCGUGAUCUGUAGCCUUCAAUAUCCAAAGAAAAUGGUUUUUCGUCGUCCAAGAAAUUACGAAAAUUCCAUCCGAAAGUAAAUUUGCCCAAAACGAUGCACAAACUUUUUAUCCGUGGAGAAUAGGAUAAAUAGACUUCUUUAUUGGUCGAGAAUAGGCUCGGCCUGAUUCCGUGAUCUGUAGCCUCCAGAAUAGAAAGAAAAUGGCAUUUCAGAUUCACCGCCCGAAAUCUGUGAUAGUACCCCUUUGGAAUCUGCACAAAAUUGACCUGGAAUAAAUCCGCCCAAAUCGGUGCUUAAUGGACUCAAUCAUCAUUGGAGAAUAGUCUCAGGCCGAAUCCGUGAUCUGUAGUCUUCAAUAUCCAAAGAAAAUGGCCAUUCGUUG